CACUAUAAAGGGGAUGCUCGUUGCAAUGAGGAGCUUCCUGAAGAGAAGCGUCAAGGACACAAGAUGCCGAUACAGGCGGCGGCGUUCGGUUUGGGAGCUGCACUUCUCGUUCUGAUGCUAACGCUAUUACUCGUUUUCUACAAAUCGGCAGCCAAAGACAACAACACCCAAUGCCCCAAUGGAAAAACACAGCCAGCUCCUACCGGCAUAUGGCAGACCCUCUGUCAGCUUCUUCCUAUACCUUCGUCAUCUUCUUCCAUCCCAAGUCCUCCAUGCCGCUUUCUUAUCGGCAACAUGAUGGAGUUAACCCACGACCAUCUGCCCAUCCACCUCACCAACCUGGCACAACGCUACGGAGACAUCUACCAGCUUAAAUGCGGAAACACUCGCAUGGUUGUUCUUAAUAGCAGUAAGGUCAUAAAGGAAGCACUGGUCAAGAAAUGGUCCGACUUUGCCGGAAGGCCUAUUUCAUUCACAGGGGAUACGGUGUCUGGCGGGGGGCGCUCCAUCUCUCUGGGGGACUACAAUGACGAGUGGAGGGCCCAUCGCCGUCUGGUACACAGUGCUUUGCUGCGAUGCUGCCAGUACUCUUUACACGAUGUGAUUGAAAAGCAGGCGGCGCAUCUCUGCAAGGUUCUGAUGGGCUACCAAGGCAUUGCUGUUGAUCUGUCUGAGGACUUCACAGUCGCAGCCAGUAAUGUGAUCACCACAUUGACUUUUGGAAAAGAAUACGACAAAAGUUCUCCAGAGCUGCAAGAGUUACACAACUGUCUGAAUGAGAUCGUUGCUCUGUGGGGCUCUGCUUGGAUUUCAGCCCUGGAUUCGUUCCCUUUGCUUCGAAAAUUACCCAACCCUGUUUUUUCCCGUCUCAUGAGAGAGGUGACCAAGCGAGAUGAUAUCAUUGGCAAACAUCUCAAACACUACAAGUCCCAAGACCAGAGACCAGAGGACACCAUCACCAACUACUUCCUGCAGGGCCUCAACACAGAAAAUGGAGUGCUUCUGACAGACACUCAUGUCCACAUGGCCACUGUGGACCUUCUCAUUGGAGGAACAGAGACUACAGCAGCCUGGCUUAACUGGACCAUAGCUUUCCUCCUGCACCGGACAGAGAUCCAGACUCGGGUCUAUGAGGAGCUGUGUACUGUACCAGAAGGUCGCUACCCCAAAUACAGCGAGAGGCACAAUCUUCCCGUUCUGUGUGCCCUCAUCAACGAGGUGCUCCGUCUAAGGCCUGUUGCUCCUCUGGCGGUACCACACAGGGCCAUCCAUGAUAGCAGCAUUGCAGGUUAUGACAUUCCCAAGAACACGGUGAUUAUUCCUAAUCUUUUUGGUGCUCACCACGAUCCUGCAGUUUGGACUGAGCCGUACAGCUUCAAACCGGAACGCUUUCUAGAGGGAGGAGGAGCUUCCCCGCGAGACCUGAUCCCCUUUGGAGGGGGCGCUCGUCUUUGCUUGGGAGAGGCGGUUGCCAAAAUGGAGUUGUUUCUAUUCACGGCCUAUUUGCUCCGAGAUUUCCAGUUCGUCCUUCCUGAUAGCGAGGCCUGUGAACCAGACUUGAGGGGCGUGGCUAGUGUUGUGCUGAAGGUCAAAUCCUACAAAGUUAUUGCACGGCCACGGCUCGUCAGUAGUCAUUAAUGGUUGCUCAUGUUAUCAUUAGGAAACUUGCAAGGAUAUAUUCUGUGCUUCUUUGUCCUCACAAUGUCAGAUCAAAUACAGAUCAGUUUAGCAGCGCCACCCAGUGGACUUAUACUGAACUUACUAUACAUUUGUUUGUUUUUAAACUGAAUUUAAUAUUCAACUUUGUACAAUUACCAUUAAAUAUUUUCCUCUUUUUUUUGGUCACAUACAUCUCCAACCACCAUGGCCGUACUGUAUCUUCUUAUAAAGUCUACAUUUGUAUCAAUUGGAGAAUGUCAUCAGUUAGACAAUGAUCCAACAUCAUAAAUAAAUACAUAACUGGGAAAAUGACUCCUAUGUGAUUAAGCAGCAUAGAAAAUGAAUAAAUGACUCAAUGUAA